CGAAGUUUGCUUCGCCAUAUGGCCACAUCAUAUCAUGCUCUGUUACAAACCCAAACUUCUACGAAAUAUCAUUGCUCUCGUCCCAGGAUUCCACCUUCAUUGCACUGCUUCCUCCUCCCUCUCCUGCCUCCCUCCAAAUUCUGUCCAUCUCCUUAUCUCCACCGCGGUUCAAGACCAUCAUUCCGUCCUCCUCCAUCACGGCGCAGCCAUCACCUCCGGUCACUCAUCCAACCCAUUCCUGGCAGCGAAGCUCAUCUCUCUAUACGCCUCGCUUCAUCGCCCAGACUUCGCUGUUGGCGUUUUCUCCUCAUCCAUUCCACAAAAUCUGAAAGAUAAAUUCCUCUGGAACUCCAUCAUCAAAGCGCACUUCUCUAAUGCUGACUACACCCUUUCUCUUCUUUUCUUUCGUCAAAUGCUCGCAGCUGGCGUGCCUCCUGAUCAAUUCACAUUCCCCAUGGUCUUCUCAGCUUCUGCGGAGCUUCGCUUGCUUUAUAUAGGGUCGUGCAUGCAUGGAAUUUGUAUUCAAAAUGGGCUUUUGGUUGGUAAAUCUGGUGCUGUUGGAUCCUCUUUGAUAUUCAUGUACUCAAAAUGCGGGAUUAUUGGGGAUGCCUUUAAGGCGUUCGAUGAAAUUUCUGAAAGAGAUGUGGUUGCUUGGACAGCGCUAAUCAUAGGUUGUGUGAGGAAUGGGGACAGUGAACUUGGUUUAAUUUGUCUUUCGGAGAUGCAUCGUCUAGGCAAAUAUGAGGGGGCAUCGCCCAAUUCUCGUACGUUGGACGGUGGACUGCAGGCCUGCGCUAAUCUUGGGGCAUUGAUUGGGGGAAAGUGUCUUCAUGGGUUUCUAUUAAAAACUGGAUCUGGUUGCUUGUCUUCAGUGAGAUCAUCCCUGCUUUCCAUGUAUGCCAAGUGUGAAAGCUUUGAAGAAACUGUCCUUGCAUUUGAGGAAUUGCCUGAAAGAGAUACUGUUUCAUGGACUGAGGUUUUGUCUGUUUAUGCUAAAAAAGGCCUUUUUAUUGAGUGCUUGAAGCUUUUCCAAGGGAUGAUAGAUUCAAAGAUUGAACUUGAUGGUGUUUCGUUGAGUUGCAUGCUUCUGGGAUUCGCCAAUAGUUGCUGUGUUCAUGGAGGGAAGGCCUUCCACGCAAUUAUCCUGAGAAAAAAUUUUGGAUUCAGUGAACCAGUAGUUUGUUCCUUACUGAUGAUGUACUGUAAGCUUGGGCAACUGGGUACAGCAGAAACUUGUUUUAGUUUCAUGGGCCGGCAGAGUGCAGAAACCUGGAAUUUAAUGAUUGGCGAGUAUGAGAAGAUUGGUUUGGACAUAAAAUGUUUGGAUUUGUUUAGAGAAAUGCAGUUUUAUGGCCUAGGAGUUAAUAUUAAUCAAAAUACAGUGGUACAUCUUUUGUCUUCGUGUUCAAAAUUAAAUGCAUUCCGGUUAGGCCAGUCCCUCCAUUGCUACACAAUAAAGAACUCCCUUAAUAAGGAGGACUACAUUUCCAAUUCAUUGAUUUGUUUAUAUGGUAGAUGUGGAAAGCUAAUCCUUUCAAAGAGGGUAUUUCAAAGGUCAGAGAGAAAUAUUGUCAGCUAUAAUGCUCUCAUCUCAGCUUAUUAUCAUCUCGGUCAUUCUGGUGAUGCAUUAAACCUUUUUAAUCAAAUGAUUUUCGAAGGAAUGAAACCAAAUUCUUCAACAUUAUUAAGUGUUAUUUCAGCGUGCUCGGAUGUGGCUGCUCUUGAUUUCGGAAAACGGAUUCAUGGUUUCAUAAGAGAAAUGGGUUUGGAGUGUGAGGUCUCUAUUUGCACAGCCUUGCUUGACAUGUAUGCAAAGUGUGGACAUCUCGAAACUUCAAGGGCUCUCUUCGACUCCAUGCCCGAAAGGGACGUCAUUUCAUGGAAUGCGAUGAUUUCGGCUUAUGGCAUCCAUGGGGAUGCUGAGAAAGCAUUAGAGGUUUUCAGAGAAAUGGAGAGUUCUGGUAUAAAACCAAAUAGAGUCACCUUCCUCGCAGCUCUUUGGGCUUGCAGCCAUGUCGGAUUUGUUGAAGAGGCGAGGAGACUUUUUCUCAGAAUGAAAGAUUAUGGCUUUACUCCAAAUUUGAAGCACUAUGCUUGUAUGAUUGAUGUCCUUGCCCGAUCUGGUAAUCUCUUGGAGGCUGAAGCUAUGAUUCUCUCCAUGCCUGUUCAGCCUGAUGGAGGAAUCUGGGGGGCCUUGCUUGGUGCUUGUUACAGUCACAGUAAUGUUGAGAUGGGAGAAUAUGUUGGACAUAGAGCACUCGAAUGUGAUCCAGAAAAUGAUGGGUUUUACAUUCUUGUAUCUAAUAUUUUGGGAAGAAAUGGAAGAUGGGAAAGAUGA